AUGGUUUCCUUGAAUAGGGUGUUCUCUUCGCUCUUGCUCCUCGUCGGGCUUGUCUGUGCACUAGACGACCUCACCAUCUACCAGAACGACGGUCUGACUUCAGGAUGGGAGAACUGGAGCUGGAAUACGGAAACCGACUUUGCCAACUCCGAGCUCUACGCUGGCGAGUCGGGAACGUCUCUCGCCGUCAAGUCCUCUGAGUGGGCUGCCCUCUCCUUGAAGGGCUCAGCCACCAUUUCAGAUUACGCUGGACUCCGCUUUGACAUUGCGGGUGACCAACCGGGACUGCAGAUUUACUUCACAUCCACGACCGACGAUACCCAAUCCGCCUCCAUUGUGCUCUCGGAUAUCAGUGACUCUAUCACACCAACCGAGUUCUCUACUCUUUUGAUCGACUUCAAGUCGUUGCCCGGGACAGGCGCCCCUUUGGGUUCAGGCACCUGGGAUCGAAUCACCUUCCAGGCGCUAAGCUCUGGUGCUUCUUACCACCUGGACAACGUUGUGCUCGUUGGAGCCCUCGUCGUGGAGCCAAAGAUCCUCAGCGCGGAGCCGAUCGCCAGCAACACAGUCGCCGUCACCACUCAAGGAGAAGUCGACGCGGCGGCCGUUAGGGUCUUCCACAAUGGCAGGCCCGUCAGAGUCACCUCUCGCACUUCGUACAGCCCACCCGAUACUCCUAGCAAGUCCAUCACGUACCUGACCCUCGGUUCACCGCUUUCUCAAGGUAACCUUGCGGUCGUGGCCGGGGAGAGUUCGUUCAACCACACCCUUCCCCGUGCCCAGAGCGCUAGGCUCGAUCUGCGCAGACGCCGGGAAAUUGACCCUCACAUCUAUGGCGUGAAUUGGCCCAAGAACGCCAACUACAUCCGUACUCUGGGUGUCACCUUUUCGCGAUGGGGAGGAAACGCCGUGACAGCCUAUAAUCCCUUUGAGCACUUUACUAACGCAGGUUCGGACUGGUUCUUCGAGAACAGAGGGAACGAAAAGAGCGACGACUGGAUUGGUUGGAUCCAUGAAGCAGGCUCUGACGCCAUUAUGACAGUCCCUGCUUUAGAUUGGGUUGCCAAAGAUGCUACCUCGUACUCUUACCCAAGGAGCAUUUACCCUGAGCAGGAGCGAUUCAACCCAUAUAACCCUGAUUCUGGAAACGGUCGAUUCCCCAAUGGGACGAACCUUUCACCCCCAACCGACCCCAAUAGGGCCUAUACCCCUUGGAACACCACUCAAGCUACUACCUGGCUGUCACAGUUGAAGAACAAGCCUAAAUUCGCCACGAUUGACAAUGAGAUUGAGAUAGCAGCUCACACUCAUACGGAUAUGCACCCCGAGCCAAUGAGUUAUGAUGAAGAACUCGAUCGCGUUACUAGGUUUGCUCUCGCUACGAAGGAGGCACUUCCUGAUGUGAAGGUCCUCGCCCCCUCGCCUUGCUCUUGGUGGUUCUACUGGACCAGUGCAAUUGGAUGGAGCGAUACCGAGGCGCACAACAACACCGACUUCUUGCCAUGGUUCUUGCAACAGAUGCGAGAUCUGGAAGGACAACACGGCAAGCGGCUUUUGGAUUACCUUGACAUUCACUACUACUUCCAACCCGACACCAGCGCCGAGGAUGCUGCAGCCAAGGCUUUGCGCUUGCGAAUGACCAGGAGUCUUUGGGAUGAAACCUACAUCGACGAGUCCUGGAUUGGAUCUGACCCUCAAAACCACCAACCCAAUCCCCGUGUUGUCUCUCUCAUUCCUCGUUUCAAGAAGAUGAUUCAAGACAUUUACCCUGGAACUAAAUUGUCUGUCAGCGAAUGGAGUGCGACCAAUGAGAACGACAUUACUGGUGGGCUCGUCGCUGCAGAUGCUCUUGGUAUCUUCGGAAAGUACGGUCUCGACGCCGCCACAUACUGGGCGACCCCCAACGAGCUGGGCCCUACUGGUCUUGCGUAUUGGCUCUACCGAGGUUACGGUACCGUCUUCGGAAGCACCAGUGUCGAAAUCGAAAUCCCUGGAUUCAAUCCCGACAUUUUGGGAGUCUACGCCGCCAUCGACGACAAGCGCAAGUUCUCCGUUGUGAUUGUCAACAAGAACCCUAGCAGUGCGGUCUCCUUGUCGCUCGCUGGUCUUCCGCCAGGAAGGUAUUUCCUCCGACACUUUGGUGGAGAAGCUGGUAUUGCCAAGUGGCAGACGACAACCACUGUGUCGUCGACGGAUUAUAUUGUCGUCCCUUCGUACACUGCGGUGUUUUUGCUCCAGCGGUGA